GGAAGGCGGACGUGCUCGCUCCCGGAAGCGGAAGCGCUCGGGGAGGACGAUGGCGGCCGAGGUGUCGGCGCUGAGCGGCUGGGGGGCUCCGGAGCCCGAUGAUGGGGGCUCGGGCUCGGAGGACGAGGCGCGGCCUAGCACGGCAGCGGCGGCGGCGGCAGCAGCGGCGGCGCAGAAGCGGGAGGAACGGCUGCGCAAAUUCCGCGAGCUCCACCUGAAACGGAACGAGGCUCGCAAGCUGAAUCACCAAGAAGUGGUGGAAGAAGAUAAAAGGCUUAAAUUACCAGCAAACUGGGAAGCCAAAAAAGCUCGGCUGGAGUGGGAGCUGAAGGUGGAGGAAAAAAAGAAGGAAUGCGCGGCGAGAGGAGAAGACUACGAGCGAGUGAAACUGCUGGAGAUCAGCGCCGAGGACGCCGAGAGGUGGGAAAGGAGGAAGAAGAGGAAAAAUCCAGAUCUGGGCUUUUCAGAUUACGCGGCCGCGCAGCUGCGCAAGUACCAGAGGCUGACACGGCAGAUCAAACCCGACCUGGAGCAGUAUGAGAAGCUGAAGGAGCAGUACGGUGAAGCGCUGUAUCCCACAUCCGACAGUCUUCUCCACGGAACUCACGUCCCGUCGAAGGAAGGGGUGGACAGGAUGGUUGCAGAUCUUGAGAAGCAAAUUGAAAAACGUGAAAAAUACAGUCGCCGGCGUCCUUACAACGAUGAUGCAGACAUUGACUACAUCAACGAGCGCAACGCCAAGUUCAACAAGAAGGCAGAGAGGUUCUACGGGAAGUACACGGCUGAGAUCAAACAGAACCUGGAGAGAGGAACCGCCGUCUGAGCCCUCACCCCCAGCAAAGCCCACCCCUCCCUCAGCAUUACCAAGAGCUGUUAGUUUGGUAGAGAAACUUAAAAUGGUAAAGUUGUGUAAAACACUUUGUAGAAGUAAUUUGUGUAA